AUGUUCACCGCCUUCCUGCCGGACAAGGAGGUCCAGAUCGUCGGCGUCGAGGCGGGCGGCGUGCAUGGGCCGUGGCUGCCCGACGGCAGCAGGACGGACAAGCACGCGGCGACACUCACCGACGGUGUGGUGGGUGUGCUCCACGGGUCGCGGACGUACCUCCUGCAGACACCAGAUGGGCAGAUCAAGGAGACGCAUUCCAUUAGUGCUGGGCUUGAUUAUCCUGGAGUGGGUCCGCAGCAUGCUUCCCUGAAGGCCACGGGGCGCGUGGACUACAAGUUCGCCACGGACAGCCAGGCGCUGGACGCCAUGCGGGUCGUGAGCAGGAAGGAGGGCAUCGUCCCCGCGCUGGAGAGCCCUCCGCGCCGCCGCCGCUCCGACAGAUCACGGGUCCAGAGCUCCGACGAUCUGCUGUUUUUUCGAUCCCAGCGUUUCCCCUCGGGUGUUCGGCCUCUGGGGCCCCGUUGUCGAGCCCCGGUGCCACGCAAAACGGAGCCGUACACUCCAGGCGAUGCUUGA